UGUGACCCACACAAUGGCUGAGCGCCGACUCCAGGCUUCCCGGCAACGCCGAGUGAAAGUCAUGACGGCUGCCGCGGGUUCGGCGGGCCAAGUCGCGGUGACCCUGCUGCUGUGCGCGCUGCUUGCGCCUGGCAGCUCGUACGUGCUCGACGACUCUGACGGGCUGGGCCGGGAGUUCGACGGCAUCGGAGCGGUCAGCGGCGGCGGGGCAACCUCCCGACUUCUAGUAAAUUACCCAGAGCCCUAUCGUUCUCAAAUACUGGAUUAUCUCUUUAAGCCAAACUUCGGUGCCUCUUUGCAUAUUCUAAAAGUUGAAAUAGGUGGUGAUGGGCAGACAACAGAUGGCACUGAGCCCUCCCACAUGCACUAUGCAUUAGAUGAGAAUUAUUUCCGAGGAUAUGAGUGGUGGUUAAUGAAGGAAGCUAAGAAGCGGAACCCUAAUAUUACACUCAUUGGGUUGCCAUGGUCAUUCCCUGGAUGGCUGGGGAAAGGUUUCAACUGGCCUUAUGUAAAUCUUCAGCUGACUGCCUACUAUGUCAUGACCUGGAUUGUGGGCGCCAAGCAUUAUCAUGAUCUGGAUAUUGAUUAUAUUGGGAUUUGGAAUGAGAGGGCAUUUGACGCCAAUUAUAUCAAGGUGUUAAGAAGAAUGCUGAACUAUCAAGGUCUCCAGCAAGUGAAAAUCAUAGCAAGUGAUAAUCUCUGGGAGCCCAUUUCUGCUUCUAUGCUGCUUGACUCUGAACUCAUGAAGGCGAUUGAUGUGAUAGGAGCUCAUUAUCCUGGGACCCGUACAGUAAAGGAUGCUAGGUUGACUGAGAAGAAGCUUUGGUCUUCUGAAGAUUUUAGCACUUUGAAUAAUGAUGUGGGUGCAGGCUGCUGGGGCCGCAUAUUGAAUCAAAAUUACAUCAAUGGCUACAUGACUUCCACCAUUGCUUGGAAUUUAGUGGCUAGUUACUAUGAACAGUUGCCGUAUGGGCGUUGCGGACUGAUGACUGCUCAGGAGCCAUGGAGCGGGCACUAUGCAGUAGAAGCUCCCAUCUGGAUAUCAGCUCAUACCACUCAGUUUACUCAACCAGGUUGGUAUUACCUGAAGACAGUUGGCCAUUUAGAGAAAGGAGGAAGCUACGUAGCCCUGACUGAUGGUUUAGGUAACCUCACCAUCAUCGUUGAAACUAUGAGUCAUAAACAUUCCCUGUGUAUAAGGCCAUUUCUUCCCUAUUUCAACGUGUCACAUCAAUUUGCUACCUUCGUUCUUAAAGGUUCUUUUCGUGAAAUACCAGAGCUGCAGGUGUGGUAUACCAAACUUGGAAAACCGUCUAAGAGAUAUCUUUUCAAACAACUGGAUUCUCUAUGGCUUCUCGACAGCAGUGGCAGUUUCACGUUAGAACUGCAUGAGGACGAGCUGUUCACAUUCACCACUCUCACCACCGGAAACAAAGGCAGCUACCCGCCGCCUCCAAAGUCCCAGCCCUUCCCCUGUGUCUAUGAGGACGAUUUCAACGUCGAUUACCCGUAUUUUAGUGAAGCUCCAAAUUUCGCUGAUCAGACUGGUGUGUUUGAAUAUUUUAUGAACAUCGAAGACCCUGGAGAGCAUCGCUUCACCCUGCGCCAGGUUCUCAACCAAAGACCCAUCACUUGGGCCGCUGAUGCAUUCAACACCAUCAGUGUUAUAGGAGAUUACAAAUGGUCCAAUCUGACUAUCAAGUGUGAUGUGUACAUAGAGACCUCUGAGACGGGUGGUGUGUUCAUUGCCGGAAGGGUAAAUAAAGGUGGUAUUUUGAUUAGAAGUGCCAGAGGAGUUUUCUUCUGGAUUUUUGCAAAUGGAUCCUACCAAGUUACAGGUGAUCUAGCUGGAUGGAUCAUAUAUACUUCAGGAUAUGCUGACAUUAAAGCAAAAAAAUGGUAUACACUCACUUUAACUAUUAAGGGUGGUUCCUCCUCCGGCACGCUGAAUGGCAAGCUUCUCUGGAAGAAUGUCUCUGUGAACUUCCCGAAGAACGGCUGGGCCGCAAUUGGGACGCACUCCUUUGAAUUUGCCCAGUUUGACAACUUCCGUGUGGAAGCCACAUGCUAACACUCAGAGAACGCCAUAGAACACUCUGGAUUUUCUUUCUUUUUGGUUUUGGUUUAGAGCCAGUUCUUGUUUUGAUGGAUCAAUAUAUGAGCCAUUUGGAAGUUAAACAUAAUUGAAGCGAAAAAUAUAUUUUUGCUCGAAACAGAUGAAUCUUUAACAUGAUCAGGUAUGUCCUGCAGCUAGAAUGCUGCGUACGCUUGUCUGAUCCUUAGGAGCGGUUUGCGUCUUCAGACCGCGAAGCCUUGUUUUAAUGCUGAGGUCGCUCCUGACGUCUUAUUUGCACGUGAUCACGCAGAUGGCCUCGACCUGAUCAUCACUGUGAUGUAUUUAUUCACGUUGACCGUGUGUCUGAGUGAGCUGUGUCCUCGUCGUGGGUAAUUCUGUCAUGGCAGGAAGCCGAAGAACACUGGAAGUGCUGCUCUUUGAAAACCACUUCUACAUGUUGUGCUUACACUCUAAAAAGUAUUUUUUCUUUCCCCUUUUUUUAAGAUGAUGCUUUUGAAUUUUAUAUUUGAUGAAUGGGAUGAUUUGAAAGAUGCUUCAUUAAUAAACUACCUCUAAAGCUAUUUGUACACUAAUAAAUAUUAGUGGAUUAA